AUGGAGGAGCUGCCGGAGAAUCUGCAGAAGAUCGUGCGAAGCUUCCAGAUGGUGCCCGAUCCGCGCGCGCGGUACCAGCAGCUGCUCUACUACGCGGCGAAACUUAAGCCGCUGCCCAAGCAGUUCCAGACGCCGGAGAACAAGGUCAAGGGAUGCGUGUCGCAGGUGUGGGUGCUGCCGACGCUGGGCGAGGACGGGCGGGUGAGCUUCCAGGCGGAGAGCGACUCGCAGCUCACCAAGGGGCUCGCCGCGCUGCUCGUCGAGGGGCUUAGCGGCGCCACGCCGCAGCAGAUCGUGGCGUUAAAGCCGGACUUCAUUCAGAUGCUGGGGCUGAAGCAGAGCCUGACGCCGUCGCGCAACAACGGCUUCCUCAACAUGCUGCUGCUCAUGCAGCGCCGCACGCUGCAGCUCUACGCAGAACGCGAGUCCGCCACCUCCGCCUCCUCCGCCUCCGCGCCCGCAGAGCCCGCGCGGUCCGCGGAAGCAACCGCCUCUGGCAGCGCUGCUGCUGCAGCGGCGGCAGCAGGCACAGCGGCGGGUGCUGCGGCUGCAGGGGGGGGAAACGGGGCGAGCGCCACGGGGGGAGACGGAGGGGAAGGGGAAGGGGGGGAAGCGGCAGCACCGAUUGACCCCCAGCGGCCUUUGUUCUCCGCCAUGACUGCCAAGAUAAGCAAGGCAUUGACGCCCACGGCAUUGGAGGUGGAGGACGUGUCUCACCAGCAUGCAGGCCACUCGGGGAAUCCCUCGGGCAAGGGAGAAACGCACUUCAAUGUGCGGGUGGUGUCGUCAGCAUUUGAGGGAGUGCCGACCAUUCGGCGGCACCGGCUCAUCUACGGGCUGCUGGAGGACGAGUUCAAGCAGGGCCUGCACGCGCUCUCCCUCAUCACCAGAACGCCCGCCGAAGAGGAGCGCCUUUCCGUGCGCUCCUGA